AUGUUGUCAACAGCGGCUCUCGAUGAGACGAUUACGAACUGUGACGAUGGGCCUUCCCCAUCUGAGGGCCGUGCGGCUGCGAGCUCUGCGAGCGCAAGUCGGGCGCUGAACCCAGCGCACACCGCGGACGAAGCAAUGGGUCGUCCAACGUUGCUCAGCGACGUGGAUCGGCACUCCCCCCCUGUGUCCGUAUCCGUAGUCGACGACAUGGAGGAUUCCACAGGAUCCAGCGCCGAAGUAACCCGUAGCUCAAACGUCGCUAGUGGAGGAAUUCUCAAUAAUUCGGACCAUGUCACAAUCAGUGGAGGAAACUUCGUUAAUGUCGGAAGAGACACGGUCAAUAAUACCACCAAUAUAUACAACAGCUCUGCUGAACCGCCCCCUGGCGACGAGUGCAGCAAAUGGGCCUCACAAGCAGCGGAAUGGCUCGCACCCCAUGUAAACUUCCGCGUGAUCCAUAACAGUAUCCAGAAACAGUCGACCCCCGGCACUGGCUGUGGGUUUAUCGAGAGCUAUCUGGUAAGCGCCUGGUUUCGCGGGGAGACGAGUGUCAUCUGGGGAACAGGGCUUGCGGGCGCUGGAAAGUCAGUCCUUGCGUCAAAACUCGUGGACCGCCUCGAACAGGAUGUCGACGAAACCAGGGACAUCAGCGUGAUCUUCGCAUACCUUCGCUAUACAGAGCCCCUGUCAGUGGAAGAUGUACUCGAGGGUCUUAUCAAGCUACAUCUCCAGGAGCACCCCUUCCUCGGGGGGAUUGUCAAGCCUUUGCACUCCCAUCACGUCAACCGGGGCACACGGCCGUCUCAACAGGAGCUCAUCGACGUCCUCCGUACGAUAGAAAAGGAAUUUCGCGUUAAUUACAUCGUCCUGGACGGCGUUGAUGAAAUCAACCCUGACACCCAGUUCGACCUUAUUGAAACCAUCAACUCGCUCCAGUCAAAGGUAUCGGCCGACGGCGAAGACAUGGCCCUCAUGGUUUCGGACAAUGUGAAAAGGAAUCCUUCUCUCCGCUCUUUGGUCAAGCGCCAUGGUAUCGAGGAAGAAUUACUCUCUCAGAUACUUGAAAAGGCUGAUGGGAUGUUUCUUCACGCGAAACUCCAGGUCGAGGCGAUUCAGGAUUGCCUUUCUGUCCAGACUCUGCGGGAAACGCUCGAGAGAAUACCGCCUGGGCUAGAUGGAAUCUACGCCGAUACUCUGGCUCGGAUCGAAAAGCGACCAGAGCAUGCUCUUUUUGCCAAGGAGGUGCUUCUGUGGCUUUUGUACUGCAAGAGACCUCUGUCAGUAGAGGAGGUUCGUUAUGCAGUAGCGAAUCUUCCGGAGAGCUACAUCUUCGACGAGGGCCGACUAAUUGACGAGGCCGACUUGAUUUCUAUCUGUUGCGGUUUGAUCCAUAUUCAAGAGAAUGGAUGGGGGCCCACCGUAGUCCGACUCAUUCACUACACCGCAUAUGAUUCCCUGAAGCGUCUUCUGUACAAAGACUUUCCCGAUCCCCAUGGAGUGCUCACCCGGAUUUGCAUCCAAAGGCUCGUCGCCUUCGACUUGACAAACCUCCCAGGCCCCAGCUCAACCAUGGGACAGAAUCUCGCGUCGUGUAUUAACAACCACCCAUUCCUCCGAUACGCCCAUGUCCACUGGGCCUCGCAUGCCCGAGAAAGCCAAUCUCACCAAAUGUGGACGGCAAUCAUCGAGUUCAUCCGCCAGUGCUCUUCGUUCCCGUGUGGCUACAGGCCGGGUGGCUUCAACACACAUAUCCUUCUUCUACAACCUCUUCACGUCGUCGCCGCCUACAACCUACCAGCGCUCGUUCCUGCUAUCGCAGGUCACGGAGAAAUCAAUGCGAUAACGGAAGUCGAGUUAGUCAUCGACGAGGAAGGCCGAGACGGGCCUCGAUGGACCCCCCUCAUAAUCGCCUCGAUGAAUGGCUACGAGAAGGUUGUCAUGAAUUUGCUUCGGGAGAAGGGAAUUGCGGUCAACACUAGAGGGAGCGAUGGGAGAACGGCAUUGCUGUGGGCGCUCGCCAACCGUCAUGAAUCUGUUGCCGAUCUGCUAUUGGCGCACGAAAGCAUCGACGUUCACCGGGCAGACAACGAGGGCUGGACACCGUUGAUGAUGGCGUCGAGAAACGGGUAUACCUCUCUUGUCGACCGCCUUGUUCAAAUGGAGGGCAUCGAGGUCAACGCGCAGAACAAAGACGGCAAAACGGCAUUGCUGUUGGCCAGCGCCCAUGGGCACCCGUCCACCGUUUCUCGUCUGCUAGAAGAAGAAAGAGUUGACGUGCAUCUGCGGGACUCGAACGGGAGCUCGGCUUUGGUUCUUGCCGCUAUCCUUGGGGAAUGGGAACGAUUUUUCUCCGAGUCGGAAAAGAUAUUAGCUGCUUUUUACACCACCUUCCCUUUUGUGCGCCACGUACAUGGAUUUUAUGGCCUCGAACUGUUCCUACUCAUGGGAUAUGAGCAGAGUGCCAGCGGGGAGAGCAACCAGGCAGCUUACGAGGCAGUAGUUGCCCGGCUACUUCAGACGCCAGGGACCCACGUUAGCUACCAGGACCCGGGGUUCACCGUCCUGAUGUCGGCGGCGUGUGCUGGCGAUUGCGUCCCGAUCAUCGACCAACUACUUGCAGCCGAUGGGACUCGACUCAACGCUCAGUCGCCUCAAGAUGGCUGCACAGCCCUGAUGCUUGCCUCCAGGAGGAACCACGUCAAGGCCGUUGACCGCCUCCUACGACAGCCGGGGAUUGACGUCAAUCUGCAGAACAAGCGAGGAGAGUCAGCGUUGAUGUUGGCGGUGCAGGAGGGUCACAGCAAAGUGGUCGACCGUUUGCUGAGGGCAGAAGGGUUGGACUCGAGCCUGCGGGACAACCGUGGCUGGACACUACUAAUGGCAGCAUGCUACCGCGGCAAGACCGAAAUAUUCGACCGCCUACUUCAACUGAACCCAGUGGAAGCCCAUGCCCGAUCGAAGGACGGCCAAACAACACUGAUGAUCGCUGCGGGCGCUUGGCGCAGCGAAAUCGUUCAGCGAUUACUUCGGAUCGAGGGUACCCAAGUCAACCUACGGGACGAGAACGGGUUCACCGCAUUGAUGCAUGCUUGCUACCAUCCUGUGCACUUCGAACUGAAAUACAUGGGUUGCAAGCCAGUGCAAACAGUCAGCCUGUUACUGGCGACGAAAGGAAUCGAGGUCAACGCUGUAUCUGCGGACGGCGAUACCGCAUUAUUGCUGGCAGCGCGACACAGAAACAACGGGACCGUGAAACAAUUGCUCCAAGUGGACGACAUUUGA